AUGGCCGAUGCUCGACAGAAAUUUUUGGCCAAAGCGACUUCGGUUUAUGCCCGGAAACCGAAUAAUACUUGUGUCAUCAACAAAUACGAAUAUGUCCAGAGAGUUCAACGACUAAUGGCUAUAGCAAAUGGGGAUGCAAAGUUACCGCAAGAUCAGAGAUUACUGAAGAAUUGUUGUCUGUAUACGGAUCCCACUGAUCCCUCCAAUCCAAAAUUAUGCAAGGCCAAUACAACGUUGGCAUAUGUUCCCAUGGAAGACAUGUAUGAUGUUCUGCAUGGGUAAGUUAUUUUUCAAGUAGUGCCCGCUAAUCAAUGAGAUGGUCAAAGUUUUGUUUAGAAUCCAUGAACAACUUAAUCAUGCCGGUCGGAACUGCAUGCAAAGAUAUGUGCGAACUCGGUACUGUAAUGUCUCCAAAGAUUGUAUAAUGAUGUUCCUCACCACUUGCGAGAAUUGCCCCAGGCAAAGAAGGAUGAAUGGCGUGACCAAGAAACAAUUGAUGACACUUCAAGGCUUCACUUCUGGUGAUGAAGAUGAUGAUUUGGAGGACAUGGAGGACGAUAAGGACAUGGGAAUGCCCUCAACUAGUGCUGGAGCCAAUGCAAGUGUCGUCUCCACGACUCCGCUGAAUAUUGGGUUCCAGAAAAAAGAUUCGGAGACCUUUUCUCGAGGACAGGUAAGGUUGUUUGAUUAGAAAAAUGGUUUUAUUUUGAAUCUUCUAACGUAAGCAAAACAUUUCUAGUUCGAGAUAUACAACAUGCAUGAUCAUCCGGAUGGUGCCUUCCACGCCUUUCUUCGAUAUGUGAAUCUCCAAACCAAUGAAGUCCGUCUCCGCCCAUUGAUUAUGGACACUGUGGACAAGAUCGCCGACUCUUUGGUCGAUAUUUUCUGUGAUCAAGGAGCACCAGUUGUGCUACAAUCAUUAAAUGGAAGACAGACGGUGAAGAAUGUAGUCAAAGAGAUCAACAAAAUCAUGCCACAAUGUCGUCUUUUGGAUGGGGAAAUGAGACAUUCAGCCGAGGGAUCGGAUGUCAUCCUGGGGCAGUUAAAUGAACUCAUGAAAAGACAUGGCCAUAACAAUUGGGCCAAGAUGCUGAGAGUAUUACAAUUCGAGUUGAAUUCAUCCAAACACAGAAGUGGAUUCUCUCCAUUUGAAGUGCUUUAUGGAAGACAACCAUCAAUGGGAUUACGAUCAUCUAAGUUAUUGGAUGCCAUUUAUGAGAAAACCCAAUCAGAAGAAGAGAUUAUGGAGUAUCUACAAGAUGCUGAACUGGUCAGGAUGUCUGUUUUCUGUCAACAAGCACCGCUAAAUAGUAAUUCGAGUGUAGAAAAGAAGAUCCCCACAAACAGUGGAGCGAGACAGGUCUAUGAAGAUCAUCAGGGAUUCAGUAAUCAUUAUUCUCCGAUCACAUCGACCACGGGGAUGCAGAAUAGCCCGUCCAUUAAUCAGUUCGAAAUCGUGAGUCUUUAAUAUUUUUAUUAUAAUGUAUAUUGUACUACACAUCAAUCUGUCGGGAAAAUAAUGUGGGCUCGUCACACGAGAAUGUCUCACCCCAUCGCUGUCGCGCACCAAAUCCCCAGCCGUUGCGAAGCGAUGACGGGCGAUUCCAAGUCGCGACGCGUCCACAUUAUUUUGUGAUAGACAUUUCUGUUGUUACAAUUUUUGGGACAAAAUAUUUUCAGACGAUUCCGCAAAGUUCAACCCCCUCCAACACCUCCCAUUAUGUUCACACAAACCCCCACACUCCAAUAGCAUCCAAUCAACCCACUCCCCAACCUCCCCCUCAACUUCAGCAACUCAAUCCUCAACCUCCAGCUCAGCCUCAAGUCAAUCCACUCCCUUCUUCCACCUUGGACCAUUAUCAGCAUCAGCCCCCGCCCGAUAAUGCCCAGCAUUUCGAUCAUCAGAGCAAUAAUAUAAUCUACGCCCAUCCCGACAGUGGAUCCAAUGAUAUCAUCAUCAAGCCUGAGGGCAUUAACCAGCAACAGCAGAUGAAUGAAUGCAUUGUUCAGCAGCAAAUGAAUUGUUGA